AUGGGUUUUGGGUUUAUAGAAUUUGAUUCAAUGGAGACAGCAGCAAAUAUUUGCCAGAAUUUACAAGUGAGCCUCUUCUUUUUUCUCCUUGAUAAAUUUCUUGCUCAAAUUUUAUUUGUGUUCUCUCCAGGGAACGUCUUAGAUAGGCAUGCCCUAACAUUGCAGUUUUGCCAAGUAAGGGAAGACAAACGAGCUCUAAAUAGAGCUGACAAAGACAGAAGUUCCACCAAGUUGCAUGUGAAAAACGUUGCCUCCAACUUCUUCCCAUUUGGGAAGAUUAAGAGGUCGAGGCUGCCCAGGACAUAUGGAAAUCAUAGAGGAUUUGCACUUGUGGAAUACGUCACGAAACAGGAGGCGCGGUAUGCUCUGCGAGCACUGGCGAACAGCCAUCUGUAUGGAAGGCGUCUGGUGCUACAGCGAGCGAAGGAAGGCGAGACCUUGGAAGAAUUGCGUGCCCAGACCACUGCUCGGUUUAACGACGAAAGUGGGUACAGCACGGCCAGGUUGCCCAAGAAGAGGAAGCAGCACAUGGCCGUGUUAGAUGAGGAUAGAAUGAAGUUCAGAAGAAUUGCCGCUUGAUGCAAGGCUCAGUUGGAAUUCCAAAAGACUCGCUUAUCAAAGAAUUGCUGCUUCAGGCGAUGGCCUAC